CAGCUUCGUCCUCACCAUCACAGCCUACGCACUUGCCGCAGACGUCGCAUGGCAACACUUCUUGCUGUGUAAUUCUCGCUGCGUGGGGCGUCACAAAGCCCUUCGCGAGUUAGGGACGGGUACGACACAAGACAGCAGGCAGAGGCACACCAGACCAAAGCACAAAAUUCAAGAUACCAUUUCGAACUGCGAUCGACGACGAAUCAAGCACCACUGAAGUAGCACAGCACUGUUCUCGCUCUUUGACAGCUUCCCCUCAGCUAGCACUUUGGCCGGACAAGUCAAGUCUGCCGAGGACGGAUUGCGCAAGAUGAUCACCAUCACACCCCUCAGCGUUCCCUGGGCUUCUUCCCAACCCUUCGCGUCAACCACGACCUCUUCAGAGCCCGGCUCCUCCCUCAUUCCAAACGGCGCAUCCAACAGCGCGGCUUCUACCGAGCGUCCCAAAGCUUUAGCUUACCUGUUGGACAUCGACAACGUCAGGAUACUCAUCGGCUGUGGAGCGCCCGAAGAUUUUAGCUUUCAGCGCGAAGACGCAGAUGGUGAAGGAGAUGAGGAGGCUGCGAAGAGAGGAGCACAAGUCGCAGAAGAGAGGGCGCAAGGAGAGGAUGAGAUGCAGUCGGAUCUGCCAGAAAGGCUCAGAGGUGAAGGUCUGGCUCGCCGCGCUGGCACCGAAAGUUUCGACACGCUAUUGGCAGAUCUGGCACCGACGAUCGAUCUUGUGCUAUUGUGCCACUCGACACUUUCUCAUCUGGGCUUGUACUCGUACGCCUGGGCACAGCUAGGCCUCAAGUGUCCCGCAUUCGCGACCCUGCCAGUAUCGAGUAUGGGACGCUUGACGGUUCUGGAGGCUGUUGCGGGCUGGUACAGCGAGCUGGGAUCCCCCACCGAGAAGAUUGGUCGCGACGAGUGGACGGCCUCCGAACAUGCUCGCAUUCGCAGGUGUCUGACCUCUCCCAGCUCCAUCGAAGAAUCCUUCGAUCAGAUCCGAACUGUUCGAUACUUGCAGCCCACGUCCCUCGAUGGGAAAUUAGCAGGCAUUACUCUGACUGCCUAUUCGGCCGGUCAUUCUCUAGGAGGCACGCUAUGGAAAUUCAGAUCCCCCGUCGUCGGAACGGUGAUGAUCUGUCUAGACUGGAAUCAUAUGAGGGAAAGACACUUGGAUGGAACCGCGCUUAUCGGAGCGGGAGGAACCAAUGCGGGCACGAUGGAGGCGGUCCGAAGAGCUGAUGUGCUGUUAGCAGAUUGCGAACGUGCGAUGGUCGUCAACGCGAGGAGAAAAGAUAAAGACGCCGCUUUGCUGGAUUUGGUACACAACACGAUCAGAUCAGGGCACAAUGUCCUCAUGCCUGUCGACGCAUCUGCACGUCUGUUAGAGCUCUUGGUGCUUCUAGAUGCUCACUGGGCCUACGCCUAUCCGAACGUCAAGUUCCCACUCUGUUUGAUCAGCCAGAAUGGCAAAGAGGUGCUGGAGAGGGCCAGAGCUCUGAUGGAAUGGACGACCAAGACCUGGGCUGCGAAGCCGAACGAAGAGACGGAUUCGGGAAAUAAGAAAAAGGGAAAGGACUCGAUGAGCCAGCCUUUGGAGUUCAAAUACCUCCGAGUCUUCUCUUCUCUCGAAGCGAUGGACACGGCGAUUCCUGCCUCGGUGGCCAAAGUGAUCUUAUCGGUGCCUCUCAGUCUGACACAUGGUCCAUCCCGAGCCUUACUGGCGCGGUUCGAGAAGAAUGUGGAGGACAUUGUCAUUCUGACCCAGCGUGGUGAGCCGGGAAGUCUAGGAAGGUGGUUGUAUGAUAGAUGGGAAUGGGGACAGGAAGAAGGUGCCAAGUGGGGCAGAAGCGCUGUUGGCAAAGAGGUUAGGCUGCAGCAGGAUCAGACUUGCGAGAUCAAGCUUUAUGAGAGGGCCUUGUUGACGGGGACGGAGCUCACGGAAUAUUUGGAAGCUGAACAAGCGGCCAAAGACAAAGAAGCUGCUCAGAAAGCUCUUCGUGCUCGAACCAAGCGACGACUAGAGGCUGAUGAAGAGGAAGCUCAGGAGUCCGAUUCGGAUGCCGAUUCGGAUGCUUCUUCGGUGGAUGGACAGAGAGACAUAGAUGGUUUGGGCAUGGGAGCCGGAGCGACUGGCGAAGCUCCUUCAGAUGGGUAUGGAGAGCCCGGUGGAUCAAGGAAACGGAGAAGGACGGGCUUGAGUUCCGAAAGGGAUGUGCGAAUGGGAAUGGGCUUGAAGGAUGGACGAGCUAGUGGAUAUGCCAAGGAAGCGGACGAGGGUGCAGAAGGAGGGACGAGCGGAUUGUCUUAUGACAUCUACUUGAGAGGCUCGUCUGCUCGUGCGACCAAUUUCUUCGGUGCCAAUCCGGCUGCUGCUGCUGCUGGCGCUGGUGGAAGAAAAGGGGAAAAGUAUGGAGUGGGUGUAAGGUAUAGGCUGUUCCCUGUUGUGGAGCGCAAGAGGAGGGUGGAUGCGUAUGGAGAGACGAUUGAUAUCAGUCGAUGGUUAGAAAGGGGCAGAGAGAUGGAAGAAUUGGCUGGCGAUCCUAAUUCGGCCAACGGACCCGCUGGUGCUGCCACUGUCAGAGGCGAGAGGUACGAGGACCCCGCAAUCAAGGCAAAGAGAUUGGAAGCUGAAAAGAAGGCCAAAGAGGAAGCGGAAAGACCACCUGCCAAAAUCGUUGGUCGGACCAUCAGCUUUCAGCCCACUUGCCGAUUCGCAUUUGUGGAGAUGUUGGGCUUGGCAGAUGGAAGAGCCCUGAAGACCUUGUUGCCGCAAUUGUUGCCUAGAAGAUUGGUUCUGGUCGGCGGGGACGAAGCUUCGAAGAUGGAUGCUGUCAAGUCCUUCUCUGCCAUAGAAGGCAUGACCAAGGAAAUUUUUGCUCCUUCUUUGGGUCAGUUCAUCAGCAUUGGAGAGCUCACAACAGCGUACACUCUCAACCUCGGAGAAGGCCUCAUGACCAAGCUCAAGUUCUCCAAGUUUGAAGAUUACGAAGUGGCCAAUGUUCUGGACGCCAAGUUGAGAUUCGGGAUGGAGAGCAAUGUUCCUAGCUUGGAACUACUUUCCCACGAAGCUGACGGUGACAAGGAGAGCGAGAUGAACGCGAACGACGAAUCGACAGGGGCAACGUCAGGAUCCACUCAGACCUUGCUCAAGCGACCUACUAAAGCCAUCUCCUCUACUCUCUUCAUCGGCGACCUUCAUCUGGCCUCUCUUCGUGCCCUCCUUUCCACACCGCCCUUCAGAACAUCGUCAGAGUUUGCAGGCCAAGGUUCGCUCAUCUGCGGCGUUGGCGCUUGGCAAUUAGGUCUCAAAAGCUCUGCUAGCGGAGCCGCCUCUUCCAACGCUAAUGGCGGAGAGAAUCCGGAACCCAGCGUGUCGGUCAGGAAGGAGAGCAAGGGCAAUGUUCUUGUGGAGGGAAAUGUCGGCGUAGGCUUUUACAGGGUCAGAGAUGCCGUGUACAAGAGCUUUGCUAGAGUCGACACAUGACCACGCAAUGCAUACUCUGCUUGUGAAGUGCUCCAGAGAUGAGAUACACACACACAUUACACACGCAUGCAUGCUAGCAGUCCC